UGUAGUUGAAUUUUCUUCUGGUUCCUUUCAUUUAUUCUGAUUUAAAGCUUUUUAAUACCUAAUUAUAUAUCACUUUUAUUUUAAGUGCUGUACCGAAGUGAUCUCGAACAGCUGGCCACCUAUCUAUUGUUGUGGCAAAUUUCAGUAAAUUCUUCGUGGUAACACAUGUUUCGUGUACACACAUAAGUGCCGCGAACCUGAUUUAGCACUUUGCAAUUAUUAAAUCGUUAUUAAAAAAGAAAAUCUGACAUUAAUUUAAUAUUGUAUAAAUAUAACGUAUUCAAAAGUCGCAGUUACGGGGAAUAAAUAUGCCUCAGUAUACCAUUAAAGUGAAAUGGGGCAAAGAACUCUUUUCUAAUGUGGAAGUUAAUACUGAGGAAGAUCCAAUAUUAUUUAAGGCACAGCUCUUCGCCUUGACUGGAGUUCAGCCAGAGAGGCAAAAAGUUAUGCUGAAAGGAACGACACUCAAAGAUGACGAUUGGGGCAAUCUAAAGCUUAAAGAUGGUGUCACAAUACUUAUGAUGGGUUCGAAGGAGGAAGACGUACCUACAGAACCAACAGAGAAACCAGUGUUCUUGGAAGAUAUGAAUGAGGCUGAAUUGGCUACCGCCUUAGAUUUACCAUCCGGCUUACUUAAUCUUGGCAAUACGUGUUAUUUAAAUGCUACGGUACAAUGUUUAAAAACUGUUCCGGAGUUACGAGAAGCCUUGAAGAUUUUCUCAGGCGGUUGGACUACAGGUGCAAGCUUAUCGAUAACUGCGCAAAGUAUAACUGCAUCACUGAGGGACCUCUAUGACAAUAUGGACAAGGGAACAGCUAAAGCGCCACUUGUUUUGCUGCAAAUGCUACAUUUAGCAUUUCCAAGAUUCGCGGAAAAAACCGAGCAGGGAAUAUUUCAGCAACAGGAUGCGAAUGAAUGUUGGACAGAAUUAAUUAGGAUGUUGCAACAAAAGUUACCUGCAAAGAACAAUUCAGAUGCAUCGGAAGAUGAUAGUAAAGCUUCUAAAUCAAGAUCAUUUAUUGAACAAUAUUUUGGCGGUAUAUUUGAUUAUGAAUUAAAGUGCAUUGAAUCCGAGGAUGAACCAGCGACUACUGGAAAAGAAGAAUUCUUACAACUGAGUUGUUUUAUUUCGACCGAUGUUAAGCAUAUGUAUUUUGGGCUCAGGAACAAAAUGCAAGAGCAAAUAACAAAAAUGUCUCCAACACUCGGAAGAAAUGCUACUUACACGAAAACGUCAAAAAUUAGCAGGCUACCAGCAUAUUUAACCAUACAAUUUGUACGGUUUUAUUACAAGGAGAAAGAAGCGAUUAAUGCAAAAAUCUUGAAAGACGUUAAAUUUCCCUUGGAUUUCGAUGCUUUUGAGUUAUGUAGUCCUGAACUUCAAAACAAGCUUGUACCAAUGCGUGAAAAAUUCAAAGAAUAUGAAGAUACCUUGGUAGAGGAGUCUUGUGACGCAAAAGCUACAGAUAAGGGAGACAGCGCCAAGAAAGAAAUGAGAAAAGAACCAUUUUGGUUUAAGGAUGAUUUGGGAUCAAAUAACAGCGGCUAUUACAAAUUGCAAGCGGUUCUGACGCACCGAGGACGUUCCAGCAGCAGCGGUCAUUACGUCGGUUGGAUUCGACAAAAGGGUGAUACGUGGAUGAAGUGCGACGAUGAUGUUGUUACAGCCGUUACCAGCGAAGAAGUUUUAAAGCUCAGCGGCGGAGGUGACUGGCAUUGCGCAUACGUUCUUCUGUAUGGCCCUAGAAUUUUGGAAGUGGAAGUGAAGGAUACGAAAGAUAAUCCGGUCGACACAAACAAUACUGAAGCUUAACUGAUAAAUUAUAAUUGCUUUAAAUUAUGCUAGACAAGAAAUUGCUUGGGUUGCUAGCUCCAUACAAAUAUUCGUUUGUUCUUGUACCAAUUUAAUAUAACAGUGUCAUUAAAAAAACAUUAUUAAAUAUCACCUACUACACACAUACAA